AUGAACGUCCAAAGAGCUGUGGAGGAGCUUACCAGGCUCGAGGCGGCCGAUAGCGGUUUUUUAGAUAAGCGCUGGGACGGCGACGGAGCAGAAUCCCCUUGGGCCAAUAUCAACAAGAAGUAUGGCGUUAUGGUGUUUGCCUUAUCGUGUGCGAAUGUGGUUACGAUAGGUGUACUGGCAUGUCUCAAGGUUAGGCUUCUGCCAAAGGCCAAUAAGACUGAUGGCUACUUGACAAAAGUUCUCAGGAAGGUGGUCUACUUCCCCUUGUGGCUCCUGGUCGUGGUGUGGCUGGUGUUCAUGGCUCUCCUUUUGUUCAUUCCAUGGUACCUGGGCAUCAAGGAAACCCCAGAUUACAUCCACUUCAAGAUCGGCUUGGGCAUGUUGAAAAGGGCAGGACGUCUUGGGCUCUCGUUGUACCCGCUUAUCAUCUUCCUCUCCUUGAAACCCAAUCCAUUGCCCAAUGUCUUGUACAUGCAUUUGAUACCAUUGCACAAGUGGAUCUCCAGAAUCCUGAUAGCCUCCAUUUCGCUCCAUUCGCUUGGCUUUUUCGGCUUCUGGAUCCACAAAAAUGAGCUCCACAAAUCCUUUGAUAAGUUGAUGUUCCCCGGAGUCGUCAACUUCUUCCUCCUAUUUAUCGUCCUCAUACUCGGCAUCAAGGGCAUCAGAGAGCGUUGUUACAAGCUCUUUUAUGCUUUGCAUAUCAUCACCGCUUGGGCAACGCUUCCUCUCAUGUACCUCCAUAGCAUGCCCGAAGCCAACUUGGACAAGAUUGACGAAACCAACAGCUACUACACAACGUCUGUGCCUGAUAGCAAUUUGCUUAUGGUCAGAAUCCCUCGUGAGAAGGUGAUGAAGGCUUCCAUGAAAUUCAAAAAGGAACAGGACGGUUCAAUGCUUACGUACUUUCUGCCCGGCUCGCAUAUCAGAAUCAGCCCUUCUUUGUUGAAUCCCAAAUCGUGGCUUUUUGCAACCCAUCCGUACACAAUUGCAUCGUUGGACCACGAGGAGUAUGUGGAUUUGGUGAUCAAAAAGAGCACCCGCUUUGCACAGCAUUUGGCGUCUCAACGGUACUUUUGCUACACCGUUUCGCUGCCCUUCCCGGCGUUUGACGAUUUCUUUUUCUCCAGAAAUUUAAACGACAACAUCACCAUUGUCUGUGGAGGCUCGGGGCUUGCAUUCGGUAUACCGUUGUUCAAGUACUUCCACCAGCGCAACCGAAAGGGAGACGAGGAGCUCGUCAAAACGCCAAACGUGCGUUUUUGCAUCGUUGUCAGAAGAAAAGAGGAUUUGUUUGUUUUGCAAGAGGCCGGAAUCUUUGGGUACCACGAAGACCCCGAAUCCGACUCCUUGGAGCUCACCCCAGACUACAGAGACGCCAAGAUUGAUAUACAUGUCACGGGAAGUAGCGAGCCUGUCAAAAGGCAAACGCUAAUUUCCCGGAUCAAAGCCGCCAUCCAACGUUUCAGAAAACAACCCUCCGAAACGCAGUACUACCAAAUGGAGGACCUCCAGGAGCCAAUGCUCGAAGCCGAAGACGCCAAAGCAAGUGUGGCCGAUAACGGAGUUGCUGUGGAGUUCCAGAUGGGACGCCCGAAUUUCUCCACCGUCCUCCUUGCUUCCAUGGCCGCCUCCUCUGUCUCUGCCUUGAGAUACGUCACUGUCACCAACGACGGUGCCACCUACGUCGAGACCAUCACCGACCCUGAGGACCUCUCCACCCCAGCCGGUGGUUUCAUCACCUACAAGGUCAUCACCGGUACCAAGGGUACCAACACCUACACCAAGACCAUCUGGUCCACUGGUUACUCCUCUGCUGAGACCGAGGCUGAGGCCACCUCUGAGGCUAAGGCUGUCGAGUCCUCUGAGGCUGCUGAGACCUCUGCUGUCGAGACCUCCGAGGCUGCUGAGGAGACCACCGCUGCUGCUGAGUCCACUUCUGCUGCUGAGUCUGCCGUUGUCUCCUCUUACGAGGGUGCUGCUGGCAACUUGGGUGUUGCUGCCGGUGUCGCUGGCUUCGCCGGUGUUGCUGCUUUGUUGAUCUAA